AUGCCGCCAGCGGAAGUAAUAUGCCUGUUACGCAGGAACAGGGAAACGCUGGAAAAACACAACAAGCUUUUGGAUUUCCGUUGUUUGGAUCAUCAUCCGAACAGAGAACCACUAAUCAAAAAGGGCAUCGACUCUCAAGAUUUACUGGACGACAAUAACGAUGGGGCAGAGUUAUCAUUCGAGCAGAUUGUACAGCCAACGAACGCUGGAGAUAUUGGCAGCACGGGAGAGAACGUCGAUUGGGCUUUGAAAUAUCAACAGCUAAAGGAUCGUUUUGAAAACACGUCAGAGCAACUAAAAAAGUGGAAGAAAAAAUAUGCAAAACUUGAAGUGGCCAAAUUGUCUACCGAUGACUAUGCGUUGAGGAUCGGGAAAGAUUUGCAGGAUCUGAAAGAUCAGCAGAAAAUACCACAGGCCAAGUUCACCGAAGACGACGGAAUUGCAAUGACUGUACAUGAAAUUGAAGAAUUAAACGGGAGGUCCACAUCUGACAGCAUGUUUGUUGGGCUAUUGGCUACCCAUUUGGUAGGAGCGGAUAAAUUAAAGAACAUGAGUGUCACUGGUCAACCCUGUCAUCGCUAUGCAAAAUUGAAAAAACCAGAUGGAUCUCCGCUGUAUCCAGCAGCAGAGAAAUUGGACCCUCAAAUAUUGGAUUUCAUUUGCAACAAGGUUGCUGAACGAGUUGCCUUAACGGUUGGUCCCACGAAAGUCAAGCUGAUCAGGAAACAGUCAGAAAUGGUUGUUAUCAAGAGGUAUAUUGCACAAAAGAUCGCCAACCUAAAGAAGGCGGCGAUUACACGCAAAGCUGUAUUAAAUAUCAGGACGGAGUAAAGGUCGCAAACGAAGCUUGAGAUCUAUAGAGAAGAAAAAAGUUAACCGAAUUUGCAAAAACAUUUUUAUUGACAGUGAUUGGUUUUCGAACCAUCAGCACUAAGGGCCGA